CACCAGCCAUGGGGAAGAUCACCUUCUACGAGGACCGCGGCUUCCAGGGCCGCCACUACGAGUGCAGCAGCGACCACUCCAACCUGCAGCCCUACUUCAGCCGCUGCAACUCCAUCCGCGUGGACAGCGGCUGCUGGAUGCUCUAUGAGCAGCCCAACUACUUGGGCAGCCAGUACUUCCUGCGACGGGGCGAGUACCCCGACUACCAGCAGUGGAUGGGCCUCAGCGACUCGGUCCGCUCCUGCCGCCUCAUCCCACACGCCAGCUCCCACAGGAUCAGGAUCUAUGAGCGCGACGACUUCAGAGGCCAGAUGGUGGAGCUCACUGAGGACUGCUCGGCUCUUCAUGACCGCUUCCACUUCACCGAGAUCCACUCCUUCAACGUGCUGGAGGGCUCCUGGAUCCUCUAUGAGCUGCCCAACUACCGAGGGCGGCAGUACCUGCUGCGGCCAGGGGGCUACAGGCGCUACCACGACUGGGGGGCCCUGAACGCCAGGGUGGGCUCUUUGAGGAGAGCUGUGGAUUUCUAUUGAAAUAUUUUUACUGUACUCUUUUCUCUGUCUGGAAGCUAAUAAAAUAUUUCCUGUGUGUUUCAUGCA